AAUUUUUUUGUGUACAACUAAACUCGGAGGAAAAUAUUAGCAGAAAAAGAACAAGAGAAAAAUCGUGCAUUGCGUUUGAAGAAUCCGACAUCAAGCAUGUUAGCGGAAACUGCAGCAAAGGCACAGGAAGUGCGAGAUGUCACUCGAAUUGAAAGAAUUGGAGCCCAUUCACAUAUUAGAGGGCUUGGUUUAGAUGAUACAUUAGAUCCUAGAGCAGUAUCUCAAGGUAUGGUUGGCCAGGUUGCUGCAAGACGAGCAGCUGGAAUCAUUCUUGAGAUGAUUAAAGAAGGCAAAAUUGCAGGAAGAGCUGUUCUCAUUGCUGGAGAACCUGGCACUGGCAAAACUGCAAUUGCUAUGGGAAUGGCUCAAGCUCUUGGCAUGGAUACACCUUUUACAGUCAUAUCAGGAAGUGAAAUAUUUUCUCUUGAAAUGUCCAAAACUGAAGCUUUGACCCAAGCUUUUAGAAAAUCUAUUGGUGUAAGAAUUCAAGAAGAAACUGAGAUCAUAGAAGGGGAAGUAGUAGAAAUCCAAAUUGACCGUCCAGUGUCCGGAACUGGAUCAAAAGUUGGAAAGCUUACUUUGAAAAGUACAGAUAUGGAAACAACAUAUGACUUAGGACAAAAAAUGAUUGAAAGCUUGACAAAAGAAAAAGUACAAGCUGGUGAUAUAGUUUGCAUUGACAAGGCAACUGGUAAAAUUACAAAAUUAGGCAGAUCAUUCACAAGAGCCAGAGACUAUGAUGCCACUGGAGCUCAAACAAAAUUUGUUCAGUGCCCAGAAGGAGAACUCCAGAAAAGGAAGGAAGUUACUCAUACAGUUACUUUGCAUGAAAUUGAUGUAAUGAAUAGCAGAACUCAAGGUUUCUUAGCUUUAUUUUCAGGUGACACUGGAGAAAUAAAAAUUGAGGUGAGAGAGCAAAUAAAUUCCAAAGUAGCUGAAUGGAGAGAAGAAGGCAAAGCUCAGAUCAUUCCUGGUGUAUUGUUUAUUGAUGAAGUUCAUAUGCUGGACAUUGAAUGCUUUUCAUACCUUAACAGAGCUCUUGAAAGCGAUUUAGCUCCAAUAUUAAUUAUGGCUUCCAAUAGAGGUAUUACAAAAAUAAGGGGAACUCAGUAUGAGAGCCCACAUGGUAUACCUAUUGAUCUUUUGGAUCGAUCAGUAAUUAUCACCACUGCCCCAUAUGAUGAAGACGAUACAAAAAAGAUUUUAAAAAUAAGGUGUGAAGAAGAGGAUGUUGAAAUGAGCCAAGAUGCAUUGCUUUGCCUUACCAAAAUUGGUGUUGAUACUUCAUUGAGAUAUGCCAUUCAGCUUAUUACUGCUGCCAAUUUAGUUUGCCAAAAAAGAAAAGGUACUGAAGUCAAUACUGAUGACUUAAGUAGGGUAUAUACUUUAUUCUUAGAUGAAUCAAGAUCUAGCGAGUAUUUAAAAGAAUACCAGAAUGACUUUUUGUAUAAUACCAUAGAAACUGAAAAAGAUGCUAAAGCUAUGGAUACCACAUAAAUUAUGCUGUUAUCUCUUUUCAUAUUUGUAACCUUCAUUGCCAUUAUUUGUAUAUGAUGUAUCACUAAUAAAUAUCUUUUAUCACUGCA